CGACAUCAGCUUUCGGAUCAUACGCCAGACGACAUAUCGUGGAUCGGAUCAAUACAGGCAUUCUUGGUAUUUGCUUCCGGAGCGAUCGGAGGACCAAUAUUUGACCGCUAUGGCGCAUGGGUGAGUGGAACGCAAGGCACUGGCUUCUUUGAGUCGUUCUCGAGGAGAUUCUAAUCGUGACUAGGUCAUUCGUCCCGCCGCGAUAGUAUACAUCUUCUCAGUCAUGAUGACGAGCUUAUGUAACGAAUACUGGCAGUUCAUGCUCGCUCAGGGUGUGCUCAGCGGCAUAUCAAACGGGUUGAUCAUGUUCCCCGCAAUGGCCGCCACGCCUCAAUACUUCAAAAGGAGAAGAGGAGCAGCCAUGGGCCUCGCCAUCGCUGGCUCGUCGCUGGGUGCAGUCGUGUUUCCUAUCGUGCUCUCAGAGCUGCUGGACAGGCUGGGAUUCGGGUGGGCCGUUCGCAUCUGCGGGUUCAUCAUGAUGCCGUUUCUCUUAUUCUCGUCCGUCGCGGUGAGGGCCCGUCUUCCCCCGCGACGGAGCCAAUUUUUCAUCUGGAAGGCUUUUCGACAGUCGCUGUUCCUGUGCCUCACUGGUGGCGUAUGCCUCAUGUUUGUGGGUAUGUUCAUUCCCUUCUUUUACUUGCCCACAUUCGGUAUCGAUCAUGGCUUGAGUCCUUCAUUGGCGUCUUAUCUGGUGGCCGUCAUCAACGGCGCCUCGAUCCCUGGCCGCAUUAUCCCCGGCGUCCUGGGCGACAAAUUUGGUCGCAUCAACAUUCUGUUCACUGCGGGAUUGUUGACAGCCAUUUCGAUUCUCUGUUGGCCCAAAGCCGUGACUGAGGCUGGAAUCAUCGGCUUUGCUGCAGCGUAUGGUCUCACCUCUGGCGCCAUCAUCUCAGGAGGGUCCGUGGUUUUCACCCUCUGCCCAAAGACACCAAAGGAUAUCGGAACCUACAUGGGAAUGGGUAUCGCAUUCGCAUCAAUGGCUGUGUUGAUUGGGCCGCCGGUCAGCGGUGCGUUGCUCAAUCGGUACCACGGUUAUGACCAAAUUUCCAUCUUUGGCGGCAUCGUUUGCAUGGUCGGGGCGGUUUUAACACUUUGCGCCAAGCUGUUUACGACGGAGGGUCUUUUAGGAUUUGUCUGAGGAGAAGGUUGAAUAGAACCUAGCCAGGCUUAGUGUCCAAAGAGUUGAGAGGCAGCAUAACGGAUGUUAGAAGAGAAUUACGGCCAUCCUGGCCUACGUCAUUGAGAGGUUGACGGGCUUGAUGAGUUUGACCGAGUCUGAUGAACAAAUACCCUCACUGAAACCUUACUAAGUACAAGUAAUAAAAGCUCAUCAUCGAAGUUUUUGGCCGAUUCGGCAGCGAACCGGCCAUUGAUAAGUCGCAAUUGCCCCACGCGGACCCCUCAUUUCACGACGGCAACCGUCCUAAACGAUGCUCAUUUCCCGUUGCCGCACCGCUUGGCCCUGGCAG